AUGUCGUUGCUUUGCGGUUGGCAUUAUUUCAGCGGUAUAUACACACCCUCUCCGUUAGCUUUGGCUGGAUCGAAGUUAACUAACCCGUCCAUCGAGAUCAUAUGCUAUCCCGCUUCCAUAUUCUGUGGAUGUUGGGGAACGGAGAAGGGAAAGCGCAUGCUCUCGAGACCCGUCGAAUGGAAUGCGGAGGUCAGCCAGGUCAUCCCGUUCUGA